AUGUUCGCUCGUCAGACCUUCCGCUGUGCUCAGCCCCUGAAGCAGAGCUUCCGCAAGUACUCUGCGGAGGCCCCCAAGGCCGCCGAGUCUGCCCCCAAGCCUGCCCCCAAGAAGGCCAACCUCACCCCCGUCUACGUUGCCGUCGGUCUCGCUGGUGCGGCUGCUGGUUUCUACCGCUACAGCACUGGAGCCGUUGCCGAGCCCAAGAACCGGCCCAAGGCUUUCAACGGCCAGGACUGGAUUGACCUGAAGGUCGCUGGUGUCGAGACUCUGAGCCACAACACCAAGAAGAUCCGUUUCGCAUUUGACGAUGAGGAGGCCGUCGGUGGUCUUCCCGUUGCCUCUGCCUUGUUGACCAGGUUCAAGCCCGAGGGCAAGGAGAAGAACAUCAUCCGUCCCUACACACCCACCAGCGAUGAGGAACAACCCGGUUACCUCGAGCUCGUUGUCAAGUCCUACCCCGGCGGCCUCAUGUCCGAGCACAUUACUUCCCUGAAAGUCGACCAGACCCUCGCCUUCAAGGGUCCCAUCGUCAAGUACCCCUGGGAGGCCAACAAGCACGACCACGUCUGCCUGAUUGCCGGCGGCACCGGUAUCACCCCCAUGUACCAGCUAGCCCGCCAUAUCUUCAAGAACCCCGAAGACAAGACCAAGGUCACCCUCGUGUUCGGCAACGUCACUGAGGAGGACAUCCUGCUGAAGAAGGAGCUCAACGAGCUGGAGAACACCUACCCCCAGCGCUUCCGCGCCUUCUACGUCCUGGACAACCCUCCCAAGGAGUGGGCCGGUGGCAAGGGCUUCAUCACCAAGGAGCUCCUGAAGACCGUCCUGCCCGAGCCUAAGGAGGAGAACAUCAAGGUCUUCGUCUGCGGUCCUCCCGGUCUGUACAAGGCCAUCAGUGGCGGCAAGGUCAGCCCCCAGGACCAGGGCGAGCUGUCUGGUGUUCUGAGCGAGCUGGGCUACAACAAGGACCAGGUUUUCAAGUUCUAG